CACCUCGCCGCCCACCCCGUUGACAGCCACCGUUGACCUCGCCGUCCGGCGGGGCCGACUCGCCGCCGGAAACCAACCCCACCUCCACCUCCUCCCCAUAGACCCCUCCGUACCUCCCCCGAGCUAACACCGCCCGGUCCACCGGUCUCCCCCGUCUCGCCGCCGCCUCGCCAUCCCCCGCGCCGCCGCCCCGCCACUCGAGCCCCACCGUGAUGUCCCAGAACCAGUAGACGACCUCUCCUCGCGCAGCUCCUUCUCCCCCGACCGCCCCAUCCAUCUCCUCUCGCUCUCGCUACGACGGAUCACCUACGUCCUCCUCAUGGCGAUACGCAUCACCGUGUCCUACUCCGGCUACGUCGCGCAGAACCUCGCCGCGUCGCUCGGCCUCCGCUGCGGCUCCUCGGCGUCCUCCUCCGCCGGCUGCCGCUUCCUCCAGGAGGGCGCCUGGCGCCCCUUCUGCAUCUUCACCUCCUCCCGCCAGCCCGAGCUCCUCGCCAAGAGCGGCGCCGACCGCCAUGACGCCGCCGACGACCACAACCACCCCAAGCCGCUGGCCCUCGCCGCCACCGCCGCCGCCGGAAGCCACGCCCUGUUCCCCUCGCGCGCGUACUCCACUUCCUCCAAGCCGCAGCCGCCGCCGCUCGCCGUGGGGUUGCUGUCGGUGCUCGCCCAGCAGGGCACGACGGCGGGGUCGUCGACGGCCAGGAUCCCCGGCGCCGCGUCUCUGUACGGCGCAUCGUCGAUCUCGAUCGGGCUGUUCAACCCCACGAACCUCCUCCCGUUCCUGCAGUCCGCGAGGUGGCUUCCCUGCAGCGACCUUGCCGCCCCCUCGUCGUCUUCUUCCCCUCCUCCCGCGCCGCCGAUGCCUUCGGUUCGUCCCUCCAAGAAGGCAUUGGUCGGUGCCUCUGGAGCUCCCGCUGCCGCUUCUGCUGGAAUUGCGAGGAGCAUGGGGAUGAGCAAGAGCAGCUGGUUGUCGAGGUGGGUCAGCUCCUGCUCCGACGACGCCAAGACGGCCCUCGCCGCCGUCACCGUGCCACUGCUCUACAGCUCCUCCCUGGCCGAGCCGAGGUCCAUCCCCUCCAAGUCCAUGUACCCCACCUUCGAUGUCGGUGACCGGAUUCUCGCCGAGAAGGUGUCGUACGUGUUCCGGGAACCGGAAAUCUUGGACAUUGUCAUCUUCCGUGCUCCCCUAGCUCUUCAGGCUAUGGGCUACAGCUCGGGCGAUGUGUUCAUCAAGAGGGUUGUGGCCAAGGGAGGGGACUAUGUCGAAGUGCGUGAUGGCAAGUUACUGAUCAAUGGAGUGCUUCAGGAUGAAGAGUUUGUGCUGGAGCCACACAACUAUGAGAUGGAACCAAUGCUUGUACCUGAAGGGUAUGUGUUUGUGCUGGGAGACAACCGUAACAACAGCUGUGAUUCUCACAACUGGGGUCCACUUCCUGUGAGGAACAUUCUUGGGAGGUCCAUCUUCCGGUACUGGCCACCGUCGAAGAUAACAGAUACCAUAUACCAUCCUGAUGCAACACUCUGCGCCGUGGGGAUGUCAUGACAAGCAGUUGCACCGGCGAUGCCGGGCAACUAAUGUGCAAUACCUUCUACAGAGCUUGUGCUCCGGUGAUGAGCUGAGCUCCAGUUCCCUUGUUUCGGGCAAUUCGUUCAUCAGAUCGUUUGUCUGUACAACUGUGUAUUCCUGUUGGAUCAUUUGUGUUUGUUUAAAACAACGAAAAGCUUAGACUUAGCGAGCUAAAAAAAAAGGUCUCGUAUAUAUGUAAAGAGCAGCUGCUGAAGGAGCAUUCGGUUGCUUCAGAGCUGGACGAUUUUGUUCUGAAGAAGCAUUCAUUUGUUUCAGAGCUAGCUGGGAGAUGUACAUUUUUGCUUCAUAAUUUGUAAUGAGCAGUAUGUUAACAUUAAAAAAAAUGACGAAUUCAAUAUUUACUGCAACAUCUA